GAUAUCAAUAAAAUUGGAGCAUCAGUUAAGGUGGCUGAGUUAAUACUGCUCUUUCUUCUUUUCUGUCUUAUAAAAAAGAAUAUUGAGGUUACAAAUUUUUGAAUAAUGAAUAUUUUCCCUAUUUUAAUAAUUCCGUUCAAAUAUUAAAAAUAUGAGUCAAGAUUUAGAUAUAACCGAUGCUCUUUUGGCGAAAACAAAUUUAACGUUUAUGCUGGAUUUUGAAACCCAAAUAUUUUUGGAUUUGUUACAUGGAGAUGGAUUAGUACUAACUUCAAAAGGAAUUAACUUGGAUUUAGUUAUAUUAAACCUAUUGAAGGUUUAUUGUGAUGCGGGUAAUUUAGUUAUAGUAUUGAACGCUACCGAAAUUGAAGAAAAACAUUACACAGAAAAAUUGAAUGAUCCAAAUGUAUAUAAAACAACUUGUGAUGUGAAUACAAAAGACAGAGAAGAAAAGUACUUGUCAGGAGGCAUACAUUUUGUUACAACUCGAAUAUUAGUAAUGGAUAUGUUGAAAAAAAGGAUACCUAUUGAAAAAAUUACGGGAAUAAUUGUUUUAAGAGCUCAAAAAAUUUUAGAGAGUUGUCAAGAAGCAUUUGUAUUACGAUUAUAUCGUCAAAACAAUAAGGUUGGUUUCAUAAAAGGAUUUUCCAAUAAUGUGCACAGUUUUACUGUUGGUUAUGGACAUAUAGAAAGAGUAAUGAGGGCUCUUUUUGUCAAAGAAUUAUAUAUAUGGCCAAGAUUUCAUUCUACAAUUGUACAAAGCCUAAAGACUCGACAGCCUCAUGUUAUAGAAUUGCACAUACCAAUUACAGAAAAAAUGAAAAAGAUGCAAACAUAUAUUUUGGAACUAAUGAAUUUGACUGUUAAAGAACUUAAACGUAUUAAUAAAAGUAUAGAACUUCAGGAAAUCACAGUUGAGAACUGUUUAACAAAAAAAUUCCACAAAAUUCUACAAGCACAAUUAGAUGUCAUUUGGCACCAAUUGAGUAAAAAAAGCUUUCAGUUAGUAGCUGAUCUUAAAACCCUUAGGCAUUUAAUUAUUACAAUGUUUCAUUCGGAUCCUGUAACAUUUUAUUCAUCUAUAAUCAGUUAUCGUACUAAAGAAUAUGCUCAAAAUGCAACAUGGGUUCUCUUAGAACCAGCAGAACUACUUUUUACUCAUGCAAAUUCUUUCAUUUUCAAUAACAAUAAAGAAUUCUAUCCUGAGUUUUGCCCGAAAUGGGAACCUCUUUUGGAAAUUUUGAAAGUUGAAAUACCUGCUGAAAUGAGGAAAACAAAUUUAAAAGAUUGUACUAUUUUAAUUUUGUGUGCAGACUACAAAAGCUGUCAUCAAUUAAAAGAAAUUCUAACCAAAGGUCCUCAUUUUUAUUUAUACCUGAAUGCUUUUAAAAAGAAACUGCAAAUUAAAAAAAUAAGUGAUUCCUUUAGAGUAACUGAUAAAAUUCCUACAGAAAUAAUUGUUAUGGAAGAAAAGAAGGAAGAUUUCAAAAAUAAAAAAUUGAAAUAUACUAGCUCUGGAAGUGAUACCAAAGAAGUAGAUAAUGAUCAGAAUAAAAUCGAAGAGGAGGAAGAAAUUGAAAAUUUUAAAAAUAGUUAUAUUCUUACCAUGAGUCAGACUAUAUGUGAAGAAAAUAGUUCUACUUCUGAUGAGAGUUUUGUCUUUGAACCGUUUUCUCAGUUAGAAAACAUGGAUCUAACUCAAAUUUGUCAAACUGUAAACGAACCCAAAAUUCUUCUACAGACUUUUAAGGGAUCGAACGAAUUUAUAAACUUGCAAAACACUUUGGAAAACGUCAAACCAAGUUUCAUCAUUAUGUAUCAUUGUAGUAUGACAGCUGUAAGAGAAAUCGAGAUGUAUGAAGCUCAUAAAAAGGAAAAAGAUGUAGUGAAAGUUUAUUUUUUGUUACAUUCUGAUACAGUUGAAGAACAAAGCUACUUAACCACUCUCCGAAGAGAAAAGGAAGCAUUUGAGUAUCUCAUAGAAAGUAAAUCUAAAAUGGUAAUACCAGCUGAUCAAGAUGGUAAAUCAGAAGAUUGUUUAGCAUUACACAGAAUGAUAUCGAGUCCUGAAAAAAACACCAGACAAGGAGGAAAAGAACAAAUUGCUAAAAAACAAAUUAUAAUUAUUGAUAUGAGGGAAUUUAGAAGCGAACUUCCGUCAUUAAUACAUAAAAGGGGUAUAGAUAUUGAACCUCUCACUAUUUCAGUUGGUGAUUAUAUUUUAACACCUGAAAUUUGUAUAGAACGAAAAAGCGUUUCAGAUUUAAUAGGAUCUCUGAGAUCUGGUAGAUUGUAUCAACAAUGUACAAAUAUGUCGCGUUAUUAUUCAAAACCAAUGUUAUUAAUCGAAUUUGAUCAAAAUAAGAGAUUUGGAUGGGAAAGCAGUUACAUGAUUUCGAGUGAUUCCAAUAGUUUUGAGAUUCAACAGAAGUUGUUAUUACUGACCCUCAAUUUCCCAAAAUUAAAGAUAAUUUGGAGUCCAAGUCCUUACGCAUCUGCUCAGUUGUUCGAAGAAUUGAAGGCAGGUAAAGAGGAACCGAAUGUGGCGUACGCUACUGCCGCUGGAGGCGAACAAGAUCUCGAUGUUAUACAAUCAAAAUAUAAUUCCAAUAUUUAUGAUCUCAUACAGAAACUACCAGGAGUCACUUCGAAAAAUAUUGAUUCGUUCCUCAGAAAAGGAGUAAGCAUGGACGAGAUUGUUAAAAAGAGUGAGGAAGAACUGAAAGAAAUACUGGGAAAUUCCAUAGAUGCGCAAACUUUGUAUUCAAUAAUCCACGAGGAACAUAAACCAAAAUCGGAUGAUACAAAUGAAAAAUUGAAACCAAAAUCUCGGUUCAAGGGCAUUAAGAAGAAGUAACAGUUUAAUAGUUCUUCAAAUCCUACAGCUUUGACUGAAUUUAUAUUAUUUUUUCAUUGAAUUUAUAUUAAAUUGUCAUAAAGAAAUAUAGAUAAUUUUUAGAAAUGAUAUUUUAAUAUAAACAGUAUCAAUUUUGUGACAUUCUAAGCUAUUGGUACCAUGUUCUUGUAAACUUUUAUUUUAUGUAUUAUUGAAAUUAUUUGUCUUUUAAUUGUCAGGUUUAAGGAUAUUACAAAAAAAACUCGAAUAAUGUAACUCUUACUAUUGACAACAAAAUUUUUUUAACAAAAUAUAAGAUGUGUAUAUAUAUUUUUCAUGCAACAAAAAAUUGUAAAUAAAGGUGAAUAUAAUACUUUGGAUCUCAAAAAA